ACAAAAUGUCAGAAACAUAGAAUCAAUAAGAGAAUAAUUAAGGAGAGUAGAAAUAAGAAAAUUAAUAAUAAAAUAACAAUGGUGAAUCAACUUAACAAAAUCAGCAAAAUUAAGAGAAUAAAAAUGAAAAAAAAGAAGAAGAAUAAGGUUAAUAAUAAGGAGAGUAACCAUAAUAAAAUGAAUAAGAGAUGAUGGAACAGAAAAAAGAAAAAGGUUAUAUUUUUAUUUUAUUAAAUAAUAGGUCCAUAUGAUAUUGAUGAAACUGAUUUAACACCAAGAUUUGUUAGAGCAAUGUAAGUACUUGGAUACACUUAUUAAGAUUUAUAAAAAAAAUAUAGAAAAGAUGUAAUUUAGAUCAUAAAAACAAAAGGUAUUUAUAAAUUAUUAGAUUUAGAUCCUUUGGGAAAUAAAAUAAAUUAAGAAUUGAUAGAUGCAUUAUCUAAUCAUUUAGAACAUUCAAGAAAAUAGAAGAUAGAUGAAAUAAAAAAAGAAAUAUAGUACAUUCCUAUUCCUGAAUAGAAAUAAUAGUAGUCAGUAGCAGAUUAAUCUAUUAUGUAAUCUUCUAUAGCAGAGAAGUCUAUAAUACUUGAUAAAUCAAUUGUAUCAAUGAGUAAAUCAAUAUUAACAAAAUCCUUGUCACCUUUGGAAUUAGAGUUUAAGAUGUAUGAUAAAAUCAAAAAGAAAGAGAGAGCAGAACUACAUAAGGCUAAGAAGGAAGAAGAAAUAUUGUCAAGAUAAAUUGAAUAUUAACAUAAACAAUAAGAACUUGAAGAGAGAUUAGAAAAACAUAGAUAAUUAAAAAUUAAAUAAAAGCAUAUGUAAACUUAAUAAGAAUUGGAAAUUCAGAAAUGGUUACAUAAUAGAUCUGAUGCUGAGUCUUCUAAUUUUAAUUAGGCUAAACAAAUUGUUGAAAAUCUUAAAUCUGAGUUAAAGGAUACUUAAUAACAAAGAUUGUAUUUAAAUCCAAGAGAAAAGAUUGAGAAAGUUAAAAGUAUGAAUGAUUUGAGAGUCAAAGAAUUAGAAGAUUUAUAAGCUAAAAGAGAAUAGAAUAUGAUGGAGAGACUAGAAAAAUUGUAAGAAUUAUCCUCAAAAGUGGAUAAUGAAAAAAACAUGAAGACCUUUUAAGAAUUACAAAGAGAACUUAAAGGAUUACUUAAAUAAGAAAAAGUAUAAAUUAGAUAGGAAAUGUUAGAUGAAUAUCAUAAUUAUAUGAAAUAAUAACAUUAAACUGAAGAUCAAAAGCGAAUUAUUUAAGUUAUUAAGAAUAAAGUAUAUAAUUAUUAAUCAUUAGACUCGCAAAGAAGUUCAAUAAGAAAUGUAUAAGCAAUCUCUUGAAAUUAAAUAAUAAUAACUAGAUAAAAAGUUAGAGAAAUUUAAAUAAUUAUAAACAGAUAGUUUGAAAAUCAAAUCAUCUUCACUUGUAACUUUUCCAAAAAAUGUUUCUGCUAAUAAUUUUGGAUAAAUGAAAGCAGAAUAUGAAAGAAGGAUAGGAUAUUAAGAAGAUCUUAUUAGAGAAAUUGAAAGAACAGAAAAUAUUUAAAAAAGAUAAAGAAAAGAAGAAUAAAUGAAAUAAGAUAUCAAAAUGUUGAAGGAAGCAAAAAAAGCUGAAAAUAAAGAAUUAGAUAUGUCUAAAAUAUCUAAUAUUGUUAGAGAUAUGAAAUAAUUUGAAAAUAGCAAUAUGGCUAGUACAAAAAGAUAAUUGGCUUAAAUUAAAAAUUAACAUAAUGAACGUGAAUAAAGUAUUUAUUAUUUAUUAUAUAAAGAAAUUAUAAAAGAAAUAGAAGAAAGAAAGAAGAAGUAAGAAGAGUAAAAACAAAAAUAAGAAAAAUUAGAUAAUGAAAAAAUGAAAGAAAGAUUAAGAAAUAAAAUUGAUUAAUAUAAGGAACAAAUAUAAAAUGAAGAAAAAAAGAAAUAAUAAGAAUAAUAAUAAGAAUCAUAAUGA